AUGGUUAUUAUUACAGUUCAAUUUAUUAGAGAUUCAUCAUAUUCAUUUCAAAUAGAAGUUGAAGAGAACUAUAGCGUUGGAGAUUUAAAACAAAAGAUAGAAUAUCAUCAUGGACUCCUAGCUGAUGACACCCGCAUUAUAGUAGCCGGCAAAGGAUUGGGUGAUCAUCAUUUUAAAGAAAUGGGAGAUACAUUCAUAAAUCUAUCACAUUUAUUACUAUCAAAUAUAGUUAAAUACCUACAUAGCAAUCAUGAUAAGAUAAUAUUUAGUUUGGUUUGCAGGAGAUGGUUCUAUGAAAAAGAUAAAUAUCUUUGUUUGAAGAAUAUGAAAGGUUACCAUCGACAAAAUCUAAACAAACAAAAUUAUAAUCUUACUUCAUUCAAUCAUCAGUUAUCAGCAAUUGAAUAUCGUAAAUCAAAGAAAUAUAUAUUUUAUAAAGAUGAUACUCAAGAUGAUCUUGAUUAUAUUGAAAUAGAAGAUCAAAUGAAAAAGAUUAUCUUUCAAUCGAGAGAUGAUGAAUAUCUCUAUUUGUCACAAUCAUUUAGAGAUAGGCUUGCUCGUUCAAACAUCGAUACUCUAGAGAUUCAUUGUGUGUUGAAGAUUAAAUUCGAUCAGUUCCCAAGUAAUAUCAAAAAAAUGUCAAUUUUUAGACAUUAUUGUUCCACUGAUUUCAAAUGGCUUCCGGAAUCUUUGGAAUCGUUGACUCUACUCUAUCAUUAUAAAACUAUAGUAUCACCAUUUACCUCGACACUCAGACAUCUUGAGUUUAGUGAAACCUUUGCUCAUCAGAUAAAUAUCAGUUUGUUACCACCUCUGCUUGAAGUACUCAUCUGUUUUAAGGCUACUUUUAUUGCUACUCCCUCGACCGAUGGAUCAAAGCAAGAUCUACCGUCCAGUCUUACCAGGUUGAGUGUACACGCCAAGUAUCUACCUCUUCUGCGUAAUCUAGGAGCACUCAGAGAUUUGAAACUUCUCUUUACUUACAACGAAGAAAACCAGCUGAGACAUGGUGAUCUACCUUCUACUAUCACCAAGCUAAAGUUUGUAGAGAUCACCGGUCAACUUUGGAGUGACGCACUGGCACUUCCAGAGAUAAGACACCUUGAAUUUAUCAACAGCAACCUCACCUUUGGCAAGAAUGUAUUCUCUCAUCUCGAUCGUUUAGAAUCAUUGAUAUUCAAUGGUGUAUCAUGUAGGCAUUCGAUUGAACUUGUAUCAAAUGUUUAA